AUGGGCUCCUCUCAGUCUAUCGUUACAGCGCUAGAAACGGUGUUAAAGCAACGAGACAUAAAAGUUGCCAAUCGGACACUUAAAAAUUUUGUCAAAGAAAUUGAUCGGGUGGCUCCCUGGUAUGUUUGCUCCGGGUCCUUGACUCUUGCCUCAUGGAAUAAAUUAGGUAAAGAUCUUGAUAAAAAACUGGCAGAAGGGGAAUUGAGACAGGGGACAAGGGCCAUUUGGAAACUUAUUAAGAACUGUUUAGAGGAUGAAGCCUGUCGGGCUGUUGUAGCGGAGGGACGAAAUGUCCUUGAAGAAGUCCAGGAUAGCAUGUCAGAAACUGAGCGUAGUGAGAGGUUGGGCGCGCGCAAGAAAAAACCAGUCCCAAUUAAGGAAAAUGGCCCCCCCGAGGAGGAAGAAGCCAGAUAUGAGGAGGAGAGGUAUCAUCCUGAUGAUCACUUGAGGAGUAAGAGAGAGCCCCGAAAGCGGCAGCCUUAUGCAGCCUCCCCGCAGGUAGUCCCUUCAGCGCCCCCUCCUUAUGAAAUGCGCCGGAAGUCCUUCUCCUUCCUCCCGGAGAAAGUAAAAAGAAAACUACACCUUGCUUAUCCUGUUUUUGAAGGCGCAGAGGGAGGACGGGUGCAUGCACCCAUAGAGUAUAAUCAACUUAAAGAAUUGGCAGAGUCGGUCAGAAAAUAUGGAGUAACAGCCAACUUUACUCUAGCACAAUUGGACAGGCUGGCCAUGGCCGCCAUGACCCCAGCUGACUGGCAGACGGUGGCGAAAGCAUCGCUUGUCAGCAUGGGCCAAUAUUUGGAAUGGAAAGCUCUCUGGCAUGAAGCUGCACAGGAGCAAGCCAGGGCCAAUGCUAUGGCUCUGACUCCGGAACAGCAACAAUGGACGUUCGACCUCCUGACAGGUCAAGGGCGUUUUGCAGCUAAUCAAACAGAUUAUCACUGGGGUGCAUAUCGGCAAAUCGCUGAUAUGGCCAUUAGGGCCUGGAAGGCACUCUCCAAAAAGGGGGAAGUGAAUAAUCAGCUCACUAAGAUUAUUCAAGGGACCCAGGAGCCUUUUUCAGAUUUUGUGGCGCGAAUGACAGAGGCAGCAGGGCGCAUCUUUGGUGAUCCUGAAACAGCCGCGCCUCUUACUGAACAGCUUAUCUUUGAGAACGCCACUCAGGAAUGUCGCGCGGCCAUAGCCCCAAGAAAGAAUAAAGGGUUACAAGAUUGGCUCAGGAUUUGUAGAGAACUUGGUGGUCCCCUUACUAAUGUAGGAUUGGCUGCUGCCAUUUUACAGUCUCAAAAGCGCCCCCUUAAAGGGCCUGACAAAAGAGUUUGCUUUAAAUGUGGAAAGCCGGGGCAUUUUAAAAAGGACUGUAGAGCAUCAGAAAGAGAAAGGGCUCCACCUACCCUCUGUACCCGCUGUGGUAAGGGCUACCACAAAGCUGAGCUAUGUCGCUCAGUAAGGGAUAUAAAGGGCAGAGUUCUCCCUCCUAUGGAGACAUUUGUGAAUAAGAAUCCAAAAAACGGGGCAGUGGGCCCUCGAUCCCAGGGCCCACAAAAAUAUGGGAACAGGUUUAUCAAGGCAACAGACGAGGCUCCCCCGGAAACGGAACAAGAGUGGACUUGUGCGCCUCCUCCGACUUCUUACUAAUGCCCCAGAUGGGGGUGCAGCCUGUCCCUGUUCAGAUGCCUACACCAUUGCCACAAGGGAGCGUAGGUCUCCUUUUAGGCCGAGGAUCGCUCACCCUGCAGGGACUAAUUGUCCAUCCUGGUAUAAUUGAUAAUCAACAUGUCCCUGAGAUUCAAGUAUUAUGUUCCAGUCCUAAUGGGGUUUUUUCUAUUAGUAAAGGAGAUAGAAUAGCUCAGCUGCUGCUCCUCCCAGGUGAUGCUCAUCAGAAAACAGAAGACAGACAGAUGGGAUCCUCAGGCCAGGAUUCAGCUUACUUAGUUGUUAGCCUCCAGGAUAGGCCAAAGUUGUCCCUCUGGGUUAAUGGUAAGC